AUGCCUUCAAGUUGGAUCCGUUAUCAGUGGGAGAAUGGCUUUUCGGAGAGAGUAGUGGUUCGAACCGCCGAAAUUACUGCAGCGAGAAGACCUAGCACUGAGCCCGAAACUGCAGCAGAUGCAAGUUGGGAAGAAGAUUGGAGUUGGAUGGGAAACGGUACUCAGUACAUCGAAUCCACCACUGAAUUGAAUCUCGUCUUCCACUGGCCCAAUCGACCUGAAAAUUGGAACGACGAUUCCAGAUGA